CAAAAGUGCAAGAGAGAUUAUAAGUGACUCUGUCCCUCGUCAUUCUCUUCCAUCAUCCCAAUUAUGCCAACCAACCACCAUACACAUUUUCUUGUUCAUCUUCCAUAUUCUCUCAUCAUUAUUAAUUCUCUUUAAUGCUCCAAAUUAAAAGAUGAUGCUGAAAAUAAAGAUGGUGCAAAAAGUAGUGCAGGGUUUAACUUUUUUUUUGGAGUUAUUGAGCAAUUUUCUGCAGAAGAAGCAGCCUGGCCUGCAGAAUAAUAAGCAGCAGGUUAUGGCGAAGGCGGUGGCGGUGGCGGAGGAGGCUGAUGAUGAGAGGUAUGGGCUGAGCUGGAGGUUGGCGGUGGAGAUGAACAAUGUGCGGCCGUGGCGGACGGUCCCAGACCGGUGCUACAACCAUGUGAAAAACUACAUGACUGGUGGGCAGUAUGAGAGGGACCUUCAACUUGUUACAGAACAGAUUUUGCUGUAUGCAUCUGAGAUAACACGCGCUGGUGAUGGCUUUGAUGCUUGGAUUUUGGACGUUGAUGACACUUGCAUCUCUAACAUGACUUACUACAGAGCAAGGAAAUUUGGGUGUAAGCCAUUUGAUUCAGCGAUAUUCAAGGCAUGGAUCAUGAAGGGAAUCUGCCCAGCAAAUCAGGCCAUAUUAGGAUUGUUUAAGACAUUGAAAGAGAGAGGAUUCAAAGUGUUCUUGCUAACUGGUAGAUACGAAGCAACACUCGGAAAAAUCACCACUGACAACUUGCAUAACCAAGGAUUCAUCGGCUAUGAACGUCUUAUUUUGAGGACUGAGCAGUAUAUAGGGCAAAGGGCAGUGAGAUACAAGUCAGCGAUUCGGAAGGAGAUAGAAGGACAAGGAUACAGGAUAUGGGGAAAUGUGGGAGACCAAUGGAGUGAUCUUCAAGGAGAGUGUUUGGGUCCUUUGGAUCGGCUUAGAUGUUAUCGAGUCUUUUGGCUAUAUGAGCCGAUCGGAACAAAAGUGAUCAAACAUUGGGGGAAAGCACUCAAACUUCAACAAGAUAAGUGAUAGCGACGAAGCCUCUAACAACCUUAAAGAUAUGUCAAAAUAUCUUGGUUUUCACCUAGGAUCUUGUAUCUAUAACAACCAUAACAACAUGGUUCUAUCACUCACAACUUUUUGGUCAUUACUAACUAUAAAUAAAAGGACGCCCUUCACCAAAAUGGUAUUCAUGUACAGACUCUCUACUUGGUCAUCUAGUGACUCGAGCGUUGAAGUCCCUUUCAAAGGGAACCACUACGUCAUUCCAGCUAUUAGAGAACGAAGACCCCCAACCUCAAUCGUGGUUCGAAGCUCUUAACCAGAUCGACCCAAACAAUAACAGAGCAUGCUAGAACAUUGGUGUUGUAUGUGGAGAACGUCAAACUGUUAUUCUCACCAUUAAGUUCACCACCGUGGUUAGCUCAGUCGUCGUGGCCAUCAACUAAAAGAGUACAACUUGCACCUUUAAAAGACACUAGAAAUUGUCGUCAAGCAUCACCAAUCUGGAAAUCCCCAAGGAGAUUGCCAACAACCUCACGUCGUUCAACCCCCUCCGAGGGACCCGAAGGACGUUGCCAAAAGCACAAACGAUGAACUACCUAGUUAGAUG